AUGAGGCGCAGGGGGGUGGGCGGGGCGGCGGAGGGAGGGACGGGCUUCAGCCCCGCACGCGGACCAGUGGGCGGGGGGCACGGGCUCGGCCCCGCCCCGCGCGCCCCAGUCGCGGCCGGCGCGCGCUCCCGGGAGGCGGCGGCAGCAGCGGCAGCACCAGCAGCUUCGGCAGCACACCCGGGCGGCCUCGGGCGGGGCCGGCCGGCCGGACGGACAGACAGACAGAGGGUGUCGGGGGCGCGCGUCCCUCCUGGUCUGGCCAUGGAGGGAGCCUCGUUCGGCGCGGGCCGCGCGGGGGCCGCCCUGGACCCCGUGAGCUUCGCGCGCCGGCCCCAGACCCUACUGCGGGUCGCGUCCUGGGUGUUCUCCAUCGCCGUCUUCGGGCCCAUCGUCAACGAGGGUUACGUGAACACCGACAGCGGGCCCGAGCUGCGCUGCGUCUUCAACGGGAACGCGGGCGCCUGCCGCUUCGGAGUCGCCCUCGGCCUUGGGGCUUUCCUAGCCUGCGCCGCCUUCCUGGGGCUCGACUUGCGCUUCCAGCAGAUCAGCAGCGUCCGCGACCGCCGCCGCGCUGUGCUGCUGGACCUGGGCUUCUCAGGGCUCUGGUCCUUCCUGUGGUUCGUGGGCUUCUGCUUCCUCACCAACCAGUGGCAGCGCACGCCGCCCGGGCCCGGCACGCUGCAGGCGGGAGACGCGGCGAGGUCCGCCAUCGCCUUCAGCUUCUUCUCCAUCCUCAGCUGGGUGGCGCUCACUGUGAAGGCCCUGCAGCGGUUCCGCCUGGGCACGGACAUGUCGCUCUUUGCCACCGAACAGCUGGGCGCCGGGGCGGGUCAGGCCUACCCUGGCUACCCGGUGGGCAGCGGCGUGGAGGGCACCGAGACCUACCAGAGCCCUCCCUUCACCGAGACCCUGGACACCAGCCCCAAAGGGUACCAGGUGCCUGCCUACUAGUGGCCGGCAGGCCCCCACCGGGGAUCGAAGGCUGCCCCCAAGCCAGGGUCCAGGGUUUCCUGGGACCUCCCUCAGGUCCUCCUGGCCUAGCGCCAGGGCCAGAGACGGUGGCCACUGUGGGCCGUCUGUGGCCAAGAGAGGGUAGCCCCCAGGGUGCCUAGGCUGCCCCCGACCCCAAGUUCACCCUGUCCCCUUAGUCGCUGAGCGCAGGCCUGAGGUCCUGAGGAGGGGACAGUGCAGCCCUGGACAUGUAUCCUCCAGUCUCUAGUGGAUCAGCCUGCGAAGGGGCCAUUCCCCUCACGAGCCAGCUAGCCCGUGGCUCACCUGUCCACUCUGGGGUCAGGGGUCUAGCCGUCCUCUGUAGCUACGUGCAGGGGCUGUCCCCGGGAGCAUGGGCAUUGCUCCCAUCCCAUGUCCCUAGGGGUAGUGACAGUCCCUGGUCCUGUGGUGGUGGUUCACCCCAUGGGGCUGCGUGUAGUCUGUCUGGAGCCUCCCAUCCGUUUGCUCUCACGGGUUCGCUAGAGUAGCCUGGUCCUGUCGAUGUUGUGAUUGUGGUCAAGUCUUCGGACUUCACCUCGUAGUUCCCCGCAAGCAGCCCCACUGCCUGUGGCCCCUGCUCCUGCCCCUAUCGCCCUUGGCCCAGGAGUCUGCCCAGAUGUGAGCACUUGGGGCUAGGAAGGCACAACAUGGCUGUUGUCGCACCGGCCCUCUCCCACCCCUUCGGUAAGACCUUGCUCGAGGGAGGCUUGGGACACCUGGGUUCCUGGCAGGACAGGUUCCUCACAAGGAGGGAGGCCAAGAGGCUCCAUGUACCCACAGUGCCCUGGACACGGCCCAUCUGUGCAAACCCCUUUACCCUCAGCUUCCUGGCCCAGCCCCUCAGCAACCUGCCCUGCACCCCGUUUUAAGGCACAGCCCGAGGUUGGGGUCCCUCUGCGUAGCUGACUACUCAUGCAUCGCUCAAAGCCGGCUUUUCACAUCAUGUCACUACAGAACGUUCUCGCAGACAGGCACCUCCCUCUGGAGUCCCGGUUGCGUGACUCCCCUGUACGUUGUAGCAUAGACAACCAUGUGGGUAUUUAAGUGAACAUGUUUACAAUUUUUGUAUAUAUGGAUCUUUCUCUCUCUCUUCUGAAAGAACACUCCGUGAUUGUGUAUCUCCCGUGUCCCAUGUUUCAACCGCAACUUCUUUACAAUAAAAGACUGUGAGUUCACGU